AUGGCAGCAACUGCCUAUAGGCUUCAUUCAAACAAAGCAAGUGAAGUUCAAAUUGUCUCAUUACUUUCUCAUGGUUUUACUGGAACACUUAGAGAAUGGUGGGAUCACUAUCUCACUCCUUUUGAAAAAAGACAGAUUUACGAAUCAAAGAAAAUUAAGGAAGAGAAUGGAACUACUACUCAAGAAAGUGAUGCUGUUGCAGCACUUAUUUGGUCAAUCUUUAGACAAUUUAUUGGUGAACAAAGUAGCCAACAUGAGAAGAAUAGUGUCAUUCUUCUUAACCUCACUUGUCCAAAAUUAUCAGACUUUCAAUGGUAUAAAGAUAUCUUUAUUGCUAAAGUUAUGAGUAGACCAGAUGGAAGAUCUGGAUUUUGGAAAGAAAAGUUCAUAAGUGGAUUACCAAAACUCUUCGCUCAAAGAGUGAGAGAUCAAGUCAAAGAAACUUUAGGAACAAAUUAUGAAUCAAUCACUUACGGUCAAAUUGUUUGCACAAUUAAUCAUGAAGGUCUUAAAUUAUGCAAUGAACUUAAAAUGCAAUCUCAGAUGAAAUCUGAAUUCAAGAGAAACAAAGGAAAAGUGCGUGCCUGGCUUUCAAAGUCUUCUUACCCAGAAAUUCCAGUUACACAAAAGAAGAAAUUUAUUCCUGAAGAAGAAGACGACACAAUGUCAACAGUGUCACUUUCCUCAAGAAAGUCAAAAUCUUCUACAAAGUCAAAAUUACUAAAGAUGAUCGCCCAGCUCGCUUCUGAUGAGUCCGGAUCCGAACCCGACUCGCCACCAGCACCGAACUUCAACCUACUAGGAUCCAAUAUUGAAUCCUGGUACAAAUUUAUGAAUGAUCCAGAUGAAGCUUGUUCAAAAUAA